AUGACCCGCUUCGUCAAGUGGCCCGAGUACGUUCGCCUCCAGCGCCAGCGCGUCAUCCUCAACCAGCGCCUCAAGGUCCCCCCUGCCAUCGCUCAGUUCUCCAACGUUCUUGACAAGAACACCGCUACUCAGCUCUUCACCCUCCUCAACAAGUACAAGCCUGAGUCCAAGCAGGAGAAGAAGGCCCGUCUCCAGGCCGAGGCCGAGAACAAGACCAAGGACUCCACCACCAAGGACUCCAAGAAGCCCCUCUUCGUCAAGUACGGCCUCAACCACGUCGUCGCCCUUGUCGAGGCCAAGAAGGCUCAGCUCGUCGUCAUCGCCGCCGACGUUGACCCCAUCGAGCUCGUCGUUUUCCUCCCCGCUCUCUGCCGCAAGCAGGGCGUUCCUUAUGUCAUUGUGAACAACAAGAGCCGUAUUGGAAUUACCGUCAACAAGAAGACCGCCGCCGUCGCCGCCCUGACCGAGGUCCGCUCCGAGGACGCUCAGGCCCUUGCCACUCUGGUCUCUGCCGCCAAGGCCAACUACCUCGAGAAGCACAACGAGAUCAGCAAGCACUGGGGCGGAGGUCUCAGAGGCAACAAGAGCACUGCGAAGCUCGUCAAGCGCGCGAAGAAGGCCGGUGUUAAGAACGUUGACACUUCCCUCUAA